AUGUUCAUGGCUUGUAGAACCGCUGCAUCCGCUGCAGAAACAAACGGGUACCUGGGCUUUAAAUACGCAGCAAGACUGAAAGAACCAGCGGUUGGGAAUGAAAUGAACAUCGUCCCAUUUGUAGGAUUGCAGGAUAUCCCUUCUUUUCUAGUAUGUGCAUUGAAGUCGCACGGAAAGCGUUCAAGCAAAGUUGUGAAGGAUAGUUUGGCCCUACUGAGCAAAGAAUUGUUUGGACAUAGCCAGCCGCGUUUAUCUAUUAGUUCAAUUGUCAACUCAUCGUGUACUCCGGAGGUCAUGGACAGUCUGGCUAUGGGUUUUCGGGGACCGGUCGCUGACCAAACUCUUCCAGGAAAGUCAAAGGCACUCACUAAAUUCAAUUCUUCUCCGAACUCUAUAUCCAGUGGUUCUGUUCCAGGAAAGCGUUCAAGCAAAGUUGUGAAGGAUAGUUUGGCCCUACUGAGCAAAGAAUUGUUUGGACAUAGCCAGCCGCGUUUAUCUAUUAGUUCAAUUGUCAACUCAUCGUGUACUCCGGAGGUCAUGGACAGUCUGGCUAUGGGUUUUCGGGGACCGGUCGCUGACCAAACUCUUCCAGUGUACAAAGAGAUAGAGUCGGGCAAAAAGGGUAACAUGGGCAAACGAGAGUCAUCAUCAGCAUUAUCACCGACAACACUGACGGGAGACUUGGCUGUGAAAAAUGCUGACUUUCGUGUACCGACUGCUCCAACUUGUGGUCGUCGCACCUACGAGGGAUUCAGUGUUUUCCACUGA